AUGGGACGCAUACCGUGUUGCGAGAAGGACAAUGUGAAAAGAGGGCAAUGGACUCCUGAAGAAGACAACAAGCUUUCUGCUUAUAUUGCCCAACAUGGCACCAGCAACUGGCGCCUCAUCCCCAAGAAUGCUGGUCUCCAGAGAUGUGGGAAGAGCUGCCGGCUGCGCUGGACGAAUUACCUUCGUCCUGAUCUUAAGCACGGGCAGUUCUCAGACGCGGAAGAACAGGCUAUUGUGCAGCUACAUUCUGUUGUUGGCAAUCGAUGGGCACUGAUUGCAGGUCAGCUACCUGGCCGGACUGAUAAUGAUGUUAAAAAUCAUUGGAAUACCAAGCUGAAAAAGAAGCUUUCAGGCAUGGGUAUCGAUCCGGUUACCCACAAGUCGUUUUCCCACCUGAUGGCGGAAAUCGCCACCACGCUGGCACCGCCUCAGGUGGCUCAUCUUGCGGAAGCAGCCCUCGGCUGCUUCAAAGAUGAAAUGUUCCACUUGCUAACUAAGAAAAGAAUGGACUUCCAGCUCCAACAAUCAGCACCAAUGAACACUACAGCCACUUACAUUACAAGUAAAAAUGAUGAAAAAGAUGACACUAUUGAAAAGAUCAAGCUAAAUCUAUCAAGGGCAAUACAAGAACCUGAAAUGCUACCCUCGAACAAGCCCUGGGACCCUACAGGAGCAAUCUCGGCAAAUUUUGCCGGAGGCUGCAGCGGUUUCCCUAUAUCUGUUAAUGGAUUUCACUACGGCACAACAUCAUUUGGUAAUGAUGGAGCUGCAUCAUCACCAUGGAGCCAGAGUAUGUGUACUGGAAGUGGAAGCACAUGUACAGCCGGAGAACAACAAAGGCGGCUCCAUGAAAAGGUUGAAGAUGACAAUUGCGAGGAGUCCGAAGGUGGAGAAGAAAUCAGGAAUGGAUUCACCAUGUACAAUACAGAUUAUGUCUUAUGGGAUUUACCAUCUGAUGAUCUAAUGAAUCCUAUAGUUUAG